AUGAGUUUGUGGGUGGAUAAACAUCGUCCGAGAGAUUUAAUGAAGUUGGACUACCACAAAGACCAAGCAUCACGCUUGAAAAAUCUAGUUCAACAAAGUGACUUUCCUCAUCUGCUUGUUUACGGUCCUUCGGGUGCCGGCAAGAAGACUCGUAUUAUGUGUUUAUUGAGAGAAUUAUACGGAUCUGGCGUGGAACGCUUGAGACAGGAAACCAUGAAUUUUACAACUCCUUCAAAUAAGAAGAUUGAAAUUAUGACUGUAAGUAGUAAUUAUCAUAUUGAGGUUAACCCGACUGAUGUUGGUAUACAUGAUAGAGUUGUUAUCAUGGAUUUAGUAAAGAAUGUAGCCCAAACACAUCAAAUUGAUUCAUCGGGACAGAGAGAAUUCAAAGUUGUUAUAUUAAACGAAGUAGACGAUCUUACGAAAGAUGCUCAACAUGCCUUACGUCGUACUAUGGAAAAAUAUGUAGCAACUUGCCGUUUGAUUUUAAUAGCCAAUUCAAUAUCUAGAGUCAUACCUGCUAUAAGGUCUCGUUGUUUGACUAUUCGCGUUCCUGCACCCACAGAAAAUGAAAUUUCAUCAGUUCUUCUUGGAGUUUGUAAGAAAGAAGGUUUAAGUUUACCAACAGAGCUGGCGAUACGAAUAGCUAAAUGUGCAGAUAGAAAUUUGAGACGUGCUUUGCUAAUGUGUGAGGCUUGUAAAGUUCAACAAUAUCCAUUCACACCAGAUCAGAAAGUACCAGAACCUGAUUGGCAGUUGUAUAUUAAAGAGACAGCUUCUAUGAUUUUGUCAGAACAAUCCCCAAAAAAGCUUGGUGAGGUGAGACAAAAAUUGUAUGAGUUAAUAAUUCAUGGAGUGCCCCCUGAUGUGGUAUUCUCAGGUCUAUUAUGUGAGCUAGUGAAAAACUGUGAUAUGGCAAUGAAGUGCCAAGUAGCGAGUCAUGCAGCAACUUAUGAACACAGAAUGCGACUUGGAAACAAAGCUAUUUUUCAUUUAGAAGCUUUUGUUGCAAAAUUUAUGGCUAUCUAUAAAAAGUUUAUGGAAGAAUCGCUUGGUGAUGUGUUUUAA